AUGGGCAGAGCGGCAGACUGGGAUGCGUUUGCAGUGCCGGAUGGAUUUCCAAGAAGAAUAUUAGAGGGAGCAGGUCCUUUCUCCGCUACCCGUGGAGCUAGGAAGACACUUGAGGCGGCGCCUCAAGAUGCGUGCACAGCGCCUCCUGGAGUAGCCGAUAGAAUACCCCAUGCGUUUGCAGCACUCGAGGGAGGACCUCCUUUUUCCAGCACCCGUGGAGCCAGGAAGACACUUGAGGCGGCGCGUCAAGAUUCGUUUGCAGUGCCUCCUGGAGUAGCCGAUGUGCCGUCAGGUGGAGGCGGAAGGCGGGUGAAACCAGUGUUGAAGCAAAGCCAGGUGCUUUCGGUGGACGCUGAUGUGGCAGUUCCUGAUUGGCAUUUAUCAAAGCGUGAAAACGUUAGGGCACGAAGACUGCCAAUGCGGAGCAUGGAAGCAGCAGCAGCAGCAGCAGAUGAAGAGGAGCGUGCUUACGAGGAGAAGUCAGUGUGGACAAGGGGAGGAGGAGGACUGCAUGUGGAUGGUUGGAAUGGUGGGGAAAAUGGGAGGGAUGGUGAGGAUGGGAAGGAUGGAGAGGAUGGGAAGAAAAGAGCUAUACCGUUUCCGGCAUGGGAGGAACUGCUGAUGUAUGGGAACCGAGGCAUGCCUCUUGCAUGGAUGCUGCAGCCUUUAGAACGCAUGUUUCCGUCUCCCUUCUCCUGCUGCAGUAGGAUGAGUUGCAGGGCGGAUGGAAUAGGCAGGGCAGGAAUUGGCAGGAGGAGGGGCGGGGAAAGCAGUGGGAGCAGUGAGAGAAGUGGUGGCGACGAAAGUAGUGGGGGCAGUAAGAGCAGUGAAAGUAGUGGGAGUGAGCUGCUAAGUCAGGAGGGCAAGAGGAGCUGGGUGCAGUGGUGCCUGCCACCCCCCCGAGACGACUACCGGGACAAAGAGUUCAUUCAGAUUGAACGAGGCCCGCUAGCCCUUCACCAGGCCUUCAUUCAAAUCCUUUCUGCGGACCCAACAGCCCUCCGAACCGGAGGCUUGGACGUUCGGUUCACAGGCGAGGGUGGGGCCGCAGGUCCGGGAGUGCUUCGGGAGUUCUUCGCCUUCGUUCGGGCACACCUCUUCGACCCGAACCUGGGCCUCUUCUCUCACGUACCUCACGACCCGAGCCGGUUCUCCCUCUCCCUGGCGUCCCGAGCCAACCCUGCCGAAGCUAAGGAGUACCUUCGGUUUGCCGGACGUAUCCUGGCCCUUGCUUUGGCGCAUCAAGUGCCGUUAGGAGUGAAGCUGUCACGGUCCCUGUUUGUGGUGCUUGCGGCUCGCCCACCCUCGCUGGCUGAUGCUGCUGAUGAUGACCCCCAGCUUGUUGCUAGCUGUCGGUCUUUGCUGGCUAUGGCUGAAAGGGAGAGGGAAGAAGCAGCAGAGGGAGGAGGAGGAAGAGAAGGAGGAGUGGAGUCAUUAUGUUUCACCUUUGUGGCUUCGGUAGAGGAUCCGAUGGGGGGGGCACCAAUCGAAGCAGAGCUUGUUCCAGGUGGCAGCGAGCGAGUGGUUCGUGCGGAUGACGUGGCGGAGUUUGUGCAGCGGAUGGUGCAGUUUAGAGUGUGCGGGGUGGUGGAGGAGGAGGGGGAGGCGUUGCGGCGAGGCAUGGAGGAUAUACUGGGGAGCGGAGGAGGGCGGGAUGUGGUUCCAGGGAAGGGGGAUGUGGCCGAAGGAAGGGAAGGGAUGGAUGGGAAAGGAGGGAUGGACGGAAAUGUAAGGGGUCGGGGAGGGCGGGAAGGUGGUUAUGGAGGAGGUAACAUGGAAGGAGGGGACGGGCAGCAGACGCCAAUCCAGAAAAAUGAUGAUGAUUGCUGCAUUGAUUCGGUUGAAGGCAUGAGUCUCGCUGCCAUGCUUGCUCCCCUUUCAUGUGACGAUCUCAAUUUGCUUCUCCACGGGGAGGAUCGCCACGUGGCGGUCUCUGAUUGGCAGGCACACACGGUGUACCACGGGUAUUGUCCGGAAGAUCCCCAGUGUGGGGAUUGGGCCGUCCUGGCCUCUCCUCCCUCUGGCGCAGUUCCUCAGGUUCUUCAGGUUCUCUCUCGCCCCUCCCCUAGCUUGGCGUGCUUCCACUCGUUUGACGUCCCCGACGGUCGCCGCGUAGCUGUACUUCCCAAGGCCCGAGUCGAGCUGCCGAUCUCUGCCGUCAUACCGGUCCUCGUUCAAGAUCGCUGGGUAGCUGGUACUUUCUGCUCUGGAGGUGGUCUCAGCGCACGUUUCUCCAUCACCCAACACGGCCCUCCGUCUCUUGCUGCGAUCCGCAACCUGCUCUACACCACCCGACCCACUACGCAUCUUCAACGCUGGAACGACUGUCUUCGCCAUCCCCUUCCGUCUCUCCCAGGCCUCCUACAUCCCUUUCUCAAAGAGCAGCCGAGUCGCCAACGAGAUCUUCUCUUCCGGCUCUACACUCGAUCGCUCCCGUCUGGAUCCCGCUUUAGGUUCGCAUCAACGGGUGGCGCGUGCCCCCGUUGCCCAACAGCCCCCACAGAGUCACUUCCACAUAUCUUUUUCGAGUGUGGAAACGCCGUCGCCAUCCUCACAGCCGUCCAACGCGUCGCAGUGCAGCAUCUUGGGCAACGGAUUGAUAUAGAACAAGCCCUUUUCCCCCUCGCUUCCCGAGCAGGGCAAGUCGCCCCUUGGAGCCUACUUGUCGGCGCCGCCGCCAAGGUCAUAUGGAACGAGCGCUGUGCCUAUCUAUACGACCAGGAGUCUUCCUCUAUCAUCGACGCCUUGCACAACCAGCAGCAGCGGCCCGCCACGACCGUCGUCCGCGGCGGCCCGGGCGGCGACGCGAUCGUUUCAGCCGUCGGCUUUCCGCUCGUCCGCUCCGCCGCCCCUGACGACUUCUCCGCGUCUGACGGCGCCUCCCCUGUCGCUACCACAACCGCCAGCACCGCGGCCGACAACGUGACGAUAAAGUACCACGGCGGACCGGUGGUGGUGGGCAAUCCAACGGUCAACAUUUACCACAUCUACUACGGCAGCUGGGGGGCGGGGUUGGGCAAGGAGAUAUUAGAGGCGUUCGUGCAGUCGUUGAGUAGUGACUCGGGAAGCCAGGGCGGCGCGGGGGACGCGAGUGUGAAGGGGUGGUGGGCCAUCACGGCCGCGUACUACCAGUCUGGCCCCGACGGGAAGAGGAAUGUCAGUUCCAAGGUUCGUCUCGCUGGGACCGUGAUCGACAACUAUUCACACGGCAAGAACCCGUCAGACAGCGACUUGCGCGCCAUAUUGAAGAGCCAGGUGGGGCCGGGCAAGCCCUUGCCGCUGGACCCUCACGGCAUCUACUGCCCUGGCGCGUGUGGGGUUAGGAGCCCGUCACCCAACGGCAACCCUGGCAUUGAUGGUAUGAUCACCUCACUCGCGCAUGAGAUCACCGAAACUGCCACAAACCCUGCCGGUUCGGGGUGGUUCGUUGACGGGGGCGGGGAGAACGGUGACGAGUGCGCGUGGAAUUUCGGCAGCACCAAAACCGGAUCCCUGCAGAACGGACAGAAGUACGAGUAUAAUCUGGUGGGGCUGGAUGGGAGGAAGUUCCUGUUGCAGCAGAACUGGGACCGCGUGCUGAACAAGUGUGUGCUGCAAAACGCCCUUCCCUCUCCUUCUCCUCCUCCUUCUCCACCUCCACCACCUCCUUCGAGUGGAGGCAGUGAGAAGAUGCAAUGUGAUUGCAACUGUGCUAGUGCCAGCAAUCCCAUGAGCUGCCAGUGCACCUGCACCAAGACAGGGUGA